UUGAGGGACCCACCAAUGGAACGAGAAUAACAAGGAAUUAGCAUAAUAUAUAUACGUAUAGAAACUUCCACACACAUUCAUUUCAUACCGUGUGACCACCACUCGUAUCCAUACCGAUACCGGAUCUCUCCAAAUCAGAAAUGGCAAGACUUGGCAUCUCACUCCUCCUCUCAACCCUUGUAGUCCUGAUCAUGGCAGCUAAUGUGGCGAAAUCUACCAAUACAAUCUCCAGAUCAGUCAACACAAAGUCAUCAACCCCCACAAAUUUCAUCAGAGCGUCAUGCAAAACCACAUCCUACCCUGCACUCUGCGUCCAGUGCCUCUCAGCCUUCGCAAAGCAGAUCCGACGAAGCGAGCGACAACUCGCGCAGACCGCCCUAACGGUGAGCCUCUCCAGGGCAAGAUCAGCUUCACACUUGGUGUCAAAGAUGACCAGGGUCAGAGGGAUCAAGCCAAGGGAGUACCAAGCCGUGAAGGACUGCAUAGAGAACAUGGGGGACACCGUUAACACGCUUAGCCACUCGGUUCGGGAGCUCGGCCAAGUGGGGCAGCAGGACUUUGUGUGGCACAUGAGCAAUGUCCAGACAUGGGUUAGCGCUGCUCUGACUGACGAGAACACUUGUCUUGAUGGCUUUUCUGGGCGUUUCAUGGAUGGGAAUGUCAAGGCCGCUAUAAGGAGAAGAGUGGUCAAUGUUGCUCAAGUCACUAGUAAUGCUCUUGCCUUGGUUAAUCGCUUUGCUUCCAAACACAGGCCUAAUUCCAUGCCUGCUCAUCAUGAACGGCCUUGAUUACAUUCAAAAUACUACUUUUUCACUACUACUAUUAGUUAGAUUUUUAAAUCUGACUUCAUAUGUAUGACUAUAUAGAGUGAGGCGAUCUUAUGUAAUCUGGUUUGUGUUUUUUUAUUUUGAUGUGAACGUGUAACAUACUUUAAGUCUUGAAAUUAAGUAAGCUUUUUGUACCGAGG